UUUUUUAUUUUUAUUUUUAUUAUCAAAACCCAUCUUCUCCAAUUCAGCUGCUGGGUAUUUCUAUUUCACAAUCGAAUCAAGUAAUAGCGUGUUAUUGAUCCCCAAGUAAAGUUCGAAUCUUGGGAACAAUUAAGAGAUUUUUAAUGGGGAAAUCUGGGGGUAGGAAAAAGAAGAGUGGCGGUAGCGCCACCGUUAACCCUACCCAAACCCCAGCCACCACCACCGUAGUAGAUAACCACUCGUCGCCGGCGCCGCCGCCCCCCGUCGCUAACGGCGGCGUCAAUUUGGACUCAUCCGCCUUCCUGAAAAGAGCACACGAGCUGAAAGAAGAGGGCAACAAAAGAUUCCAGUCCAAAGAUUACGUCGGCGCCCUUCAACAGUACGAAAUUGCACUAAAAAUCACCCCCAAAUCCCACCCCGACCGAGCCGUGUUCCACAGCAACAGAGCCGCCUGUUUGAUGCAGAUGAAGCCCAUCGACUACACAGCCGUCAUAUCCGAGUGCAGUUCGGCCCUAGAGGCCCAGCCGAACUUCGUGCGGGCUCUACUCCGUAGGGCCCGAGCCUACGAAGCCAUAGGCAAGUAUGAUAUGGCUUUGCAAGAUGUGCAGUCAUUGUUGAUUUCCAACCCUAACCACACGGAUGCUCUAGAUCUCGCUGGCAAAUUGAGAAUGGCUCUCAGCCCCCGCCAAGAAGACCUCCAGAGCCGCCCUUCUCCGGCGGCACUCGGUGCGUCGGCGGUUCGUGGGGCCCCCAUUGCUGGCCUCGGGCCGUGCUUGCCUUCCCGUAAUGUACCCAAGAAGCCCGUAGCGGGACCCACUUUGCCGCCCAAUAAGUCGGAGAAGCUUUAUCCAAUCCCACCCAUUGAAAACGGGGUCGAGACUAAAAUCCAGAUGCCGAAAGUUGCGUUGAAGCCCUCGAACGGUUCUUCGAGAGCCGUUGCAGUAAAUGCCAGCAAGGAUGAUAUCCAGAAGGAACGGGUCCCACUUCCACUUCAUGUGCAGCCUGUGAUUAGGUACAGACAAUUGAAGCUUGUGUACGACCAUGACAUUAGGCUUGCGCAAAUGCCCGUCAAUUGCGGUUUGAAAGUGUUGAGAGAGGUGGUUGGUAAGCGUUUUCCGAUGUCGAAAGCUGUGCUGAUUAAGUACAAGGACAGUGACGGUGACUUGGUGACGAUAACUUGUUCUUCUGAACUUAGACUUGCUGAGUCAUCGGUCGACAGCCUUAUUGAAAAAGAAUUAGAUAAUGAUAAAGGUGACUCCUUUGGUAUGCUGAGGUUGCAUAUUGUGGAAGUGAGCCCCGAGCAAGAACCGCCUUUACUCGAAGAGGAGGAAGAAGAGAAGCCAGUUGAAACUGAGGAUUCUGCAGUUGAAGAAACUGUGGAGAUUGAGAGCACUGAGAAAAUCGUUGAGAAGGAGAAAACGGGAAUUUCGCAAGAAGACCCCGAUUGUAAAGAAGUGGAGAUGGAUGAUUGGUUGUUUGAAUUUGCACAGCUUUUCCGUAAUCAUGUCGGUAUUGACCCCGACGCUCAUAUUGACCUACACGAGCUUGGAAUGGAGCUGUGUUCUGAAGCGCUUGAAGAAACUGUGACUAGCGAAGAUGCUCAGAAUCUUUUCGACAAGGCGGCACUCAAAUUUCAGGAGGUGGCGGCACUGGCCUUCUUCAACUGGGGAAACGUACACAUGUGUGCUGCUAGAAAGAGGAUUCCGAUAGACGAAUCGGCUGCUAAAGAAAUGAUGGAGGGGCAGCUUCAAAAGGCUUACGAUUGGGUGAGGGAGAAGUACUCGUUAGCAAGGGAGAAGUAUGAGGAGGCCCUUUCAAUAAAACCGGAUUUUUACGAGGGGCUUUUGGCUUUAGGGCAGCAGCAGUUUGAGAUGGCGAAGCUUCAUUGGUCGUUUGUGCUUGCAAAAAAAGAGGAUCUUUCGAAGUGGGACCCGAAUGAGACGAUUGGUUUAUUCGACAGUGCUGAGGAGAAAAUGAAAGCCGCGACUGAAAUGUGGGAGAAGUUGGAGGAGCAGAGAGGUAAAGAGGCGAAAGAUCCGAACUUUAACAAGAAAGAUGAGAUUUUGAAGAGGAAAAAGAAACAGGGUAGUGAAUUAUCUGGUGUGGGAAGUCCGGCAGAGAUUUCACCUGAGGAAGCGGCGGAGCAGGCGGCGGUUAUGAGGUCUCAGAUUCACUUGUUUUGGGGGAAUAUGCUUUUCGAGAGAUCCCAAAUUGAGUGUAGAUUGGGAUUGGAUGGUUGGAACAAGAAUCUUGAUAUUGCGGUCGAGAGAUUUAAGCUCGCCGGAGCUUCGGAGGCGGAUAUUGCUACGGUUUUGAAGAAUCAUUGUUCGAAUGAAGAAGCUGCAAAUGGGCCGGCGGUUAUUACUAAUGUCGUCGAAAAAGAAGAUAACUGAAAAGAGGUAUGUGGUGUUUUGUUUCUUUUAAAAAUGUUUUGAGUUUUCACCUUUCUUGAUUGGGUUUAAUUGUUAAUGCUUCUAAGUUUGAGUUAGGUGUUCGACAAUUUAGAAUUUUUUUUAUUUUCGUGUCAUGUUUCGGGGGAAGAGAUUGCGUACGUGCGAACCCUUGCCGGGUUUUUUUUUUUGAAGUGUUUGAUACUUAGGAAGAUUUUAUGUCAUUGUCUUUGUAACAACUUGUGGUCUCUCAAGCUGACCUGAUUUUUGCAAUAAUUUAAGAAACUUUGUAUGGAUUUAUUAA